GGGGCACUUUCAUUUUCUUAACCCUAAAUCACCCUAAAGCAGCCACAAAGCCCACCCUGAACAACUCCAGAGAGGGACAGAAGGCUCCACUUUGCUUCCAAAGGGUCAGCUUAAAAGUAUACGGAAGAUGCCCAACUAAAACAAUGACUAGAGCGCCUACCAUUGGAGGAAAAGCUAAAGGGUUGGAAAUUUUUCAGUUAACCAAAACAAAAACACUUAAAUUAUAAGCGCGGAGAAAGUAGACAAAGGACAUGCCUUCCACCCCGCGUACCUGCACGCGUUGGGCGUGUGAUCUAGGACGGACAGAAGGAAGCAUCUCUUUGCCCUCGCUUCUGAAGCACCCUGCUGUGAGGUGCGGUGGGGAGCUUUGCUUUUUAGCACAGAAUGAAGCUCAGCUGCACAAACACCCCAGCCAAACUUGGGGUUUUUCCUUCAGCCUAGGUGUAAAUGCUAGGAAACAGCAAGGAGCCAGGCUCUCUCCCCUCCGCUGCCUCCUGGCCAAAGAAACAGUCCAGGGUAAAGCAGCCUGUUUUCCUCCCCCCCCACAAUCUGAAAAGCAGAGGGCAAGCCUGGACUUGCCACUUUUCCCACCGUGAGCCACUCUGGGCAUGGCCAGGAAGCCGAGGACCGCCACACCCUGGCGGAUACCAAUCGGACGGAGGGGAAGAGAACGAGGGCAGUGGCUGCCGCCGCCGCCUUGGAGAUGAGCGGUCAGCUGACCUGCUCUCCUAGUAGCCCAGGAAAACAAGGUUCUCCUCAAGCCCAGCCACCCCCUGGGCUGCCUCCAGAGAAGCAGAGCUCCCAGAGAUGCCUUCAGAGGGCAGAGAGGGGCCUGGAAGUCUUCUGGAGUAGGGGGCAGGCCGCUUCUGACAGGCUCCCGCGCUAUGGCUUUUGGAAAGAAGCCUCUGGGGGGCUGGGUAGUUGCUCAGAGUCAGAGCCUUAGUUCGGACACCUACCUGCCUAAACUCCUAGAGGGGCUCCAGAACCUGCGUUCCCAGAAUGCCCUGUGUGAUGUGGUGCUGAAAGCCGAGGGCGCCUCGUUCCCUGCGCACAGAGCCAUCCUCGCCGCAGCCAGCAGCUACUGCAAGGCGCACUUCACCGGGGAGGCGGCGAGCAAAGUGACUCAGCUCAAGCUGGCGCCACCGGUCACUGCCCGGGGCCUGCAGGGGGUCUUGUCUUUUGUCUACUCCAACCGACUGGAGCUUACUCUGCAGACGGUUGAGGGGGUCUUCAAGGCAGCAGAGGCACUGCUGGUGCGUGAGGUGAUGUGCCUCGCCCUCCGAUUCCUGGAAGGCGCCUUGGACCGGCACACCUGCCUCCCCAUCCUCAGGAUUACUCAGCGGCUUGGCCCCGAAGAAUUAAAGCAGAAAGCGCGGUGCUGCCUGAGCAAGCAUUGCGGCGCGAUCCUGAAGGACCCUGCGCAGCUGAAGGAGCUGGAUAGGACGUCUCUGUGUGAAAUCUUAGACAGGGGAGACACCCAAGGGCUCAGCGAGCUGGAACUGCUUCAGGCAGCGGUGCACUGGCUGGGCCAGAACAGCACACACCGGGAAGACGCAGCCGAGGUCCUGCGGUACAUCCGGUUCCCCUGUAUACCGCUCCCAGAUUUGCAGAAGUUUGUCCAGGACACGCCCAUCAUGAGAGCCGAGCCUGCUUGCCGCCAGUACCUUCGGGAAGCCUUGGACUACCACGUCCAGCCGUACGUGCAGCCAUUUCUCCAGAGCGAGUGCACUCAGGUUCGCAACAGGGAUGACACACUGAUCGUCCUGGGGGGCAGGUCAGCAAACAAUGCCGUCUGCAGGGAUGUGUGGGCUGCUGACCGGCACUGCCGUUUGUGGAAGACGAUCGGGAAGCUGAGCAGGCCUGUGUAUAAUCACUGUGUGGCCGUCCUCCAUGACUUUGUCUUCGUGAUGGGGGGCCAGGAAAGCUUUGACCCGACAGGCCAGCAUCCUUCCAACAAGGUGUUCAGGUUCGACCCUUGCCACAACACAUGGCUGCAACUGGCAAGCAUGCUGGUCCAGAGGACCCGCUUCUACGCAGGGGCGCUGAAUGAGCGACUUGUGGCCGUGGGGGGCGGAGCACUGCUGGGGACGCUGACCGACAAGGCGGAGGAGUACCACCUUGCUGAGAACCAGUGGCAGCCCGUCACGCCCUUUCCCGUGCCAGUGGCCGACCAUGCGGGGACAACCCAUGAAGGCAUCCUGUACAUCUCAGGGGGCUUUGCCGAGGGACAGACCUUGCGCACCAUGUACAGCUACCUCUCCCGCCUGCGCUGCUGGAUCAGGAACCGGCCGAUGGCGUUUGCCCGCUGCGAUCAUGGCAUGGCAGCAGUGGGAGACAGGAUCUUCUGCAUCGGAGGAAGGGCUCUGACAAACGCCCAGGAAUGGGUUCCUGUGAGUGAGGUGGAAUAUUACUGCCCUGUCACCGAUCGAUGGGCCCGGCUCCAGCUCCAUCUCUCGGCCAUCGACCUUUGCCACUUCAGCCUCACCGCCAGCCAGAUCCAGCUGUACGUCACAGGCGGUGGGUCUCUGCGGCAGAGGAGCAAAGAAGUUGGCAUCUGGGUCUGCCACCCCGGCAGGAGAACAUGGGAAAAGGUCGGUUGUUUGCCCCGGGCUCUGGCAGAUCACGCCUGCUGCUUUGUUCAUCUCCCGGCCCGGAUGGCAAGCCCGCGAGAACAGAGAGAGGGGAGCGUUUGGACGACAGCAGAAAACAGCCCCUCUCAGCCUGCUGGUCUCCAGCUAGAGGAAAGCUCUGACCAAAAGCAGUUUGGUUUUUUUCUGGGGUGAGCUUCAGGGAAACAGACUGGCACCAAUUUUGUCCUGUGGCCCCAACCCUGGAGAAAUGCAGCAUUCACAGAACGAAACAGAGCUAUUUACUCACCAGAAAGAGCUGCCAGCCCUCUGAUGGGAUCCUGAUUGGCCAACAUCAGUUCACAGCCAACCUGAAUUAAUAGACACGCCCAGACUUGAUUUCUCAAUAGUGCCCCCAUAAUCAAAAGCAAUUGAGGGCUUCUUGAUACCCGGGGCACAACAGAGGCAUCUCCCCCCCCCAAGCAGAAAGCAGGUCUGGCUACCUGCCAGGUCUGCCAGCUGAUCCCGUAUAACCUAUUUUCUAGUUGGUUUGGGGUUUCAUCCCAGUGUAAAGUCAUACUGUAACCCUAUUGGCGCUAAUCUGAUGCUUUCUUGCUCGAAGUCCAAAAUGCCUGUAUUAUCUGCGCCAGAAAUAACAAGGGGAAAAAAGCAGCAAAGCCUAAAUUUCUCUUUUGUACAGGCUUGCAUAGUCCAUUAAUUCCAAGUCCCUCCUGAAAAGGCCAAACUACUUUCCUGCAGAAGUUAAACCCUUCCACUGGAGGGAGGGACGGCAGUCUCAUUUUACUAGCUCAUGGUUCUCUGGAAAGAGUGAGCAAGGAACUCUUAUUUGGUUAGCCUUUGGCAAACAUGCACCAGCCCUGGCCAAAAAUAUGCUUAAAAAGUUUGGGCGUGCAGCUUGUUAUUGUAUUUCUUAA